AUGGAAACUGGCAAAGAAGCCCUUUCUAUUAUUACCUCGAAUGAGGCCGCCCUUCCAGCAACUGUAUCGGCCAACGGUAGUCUAAUAUGUGAAGAUGCCGAUAUGCAAGAGUCUCCACACUCAUUUCCCUCUAUUUCAGAUGCUACAUCAGCUGUUGCCUUUGCACCCCUCUUAGGAUCGGCUGGUGGUGGAAACUCAUGCUCGCCUGAUUGUGUCAUCCCAUCCUCCGUUACUGGGGCUCAACUUCAGAGACAGAACCAAGGUUCACCUGGCCUUUCUGUUGAUGAGGGAGCCGACAGUCCUGAAAUCUCACCAAGAGUCGGUCAUGCUGGCUGGGUGGACGCCGGACUUCUCCGAAGGCAGGCUUGUCUUUCAACUGCCACUUUGAAAAGGCUGGCUGGCAUUUCUUUCUGCGGACAACCCAAUACCGUAGUUCAAGGACGACCGGUUGAGUUAUCCCAGGGCUUAAACGCCCUUAUGCAGUAUUGCCUCUCUUAUUACAAACAGGUGAGAAUCACGCUUCCUAGCCUGAUGUUGAAUUUCUUUAACCUUUAA